AUGUAUAUUCGCAACGUCCUCGUCUCUGGCCUUGCGGCUGCCAGCACAGUCCAGGCCUACUCCAACUACACCAUCCGGGAAGAGGAUUGGACCGUUGCAUCGCCAGCACCGGUACAAGAGAAGCGUACCCUAGGAAAGAUCCUCGGUCUGUUUGGUAGCCUCUUCGGCGGCAACAAGGAGCCCGCGCAGGAAUGUCCUGCUGUUUGGACUCAAAUCUCUUCCACCCUCACCCAGCAAUUCCUCGGAGAUGGCCAGUGCACAGAUGCUGCUCGCGCUGCUAUCCGAUCUUCCUUCCACGACUGCUUUAAUGGAGCUUGCGACGGAUCUCUUAUUCUCGCCAACGAGUGCUCGAACACUGAGAAUCGCGGCCUGGAGCGCCUUUGCAGCAACCUCGCCAAUGUUGCCUCCCAGACCAAGGUCGGCGUUGCCGAUCUCAUCCAGUUUGCUGCCGCACACGCAGUCAAGACAUGCCCUGGUGGACCUACUAUUCCCGUCAAGGUUGGCCGCAAGGAUUCCAGCGAGGCAAAUGCUCUUGGUGUUCUACCCAGCGGUUUCGCCAAAGGAGGAGACUUGGUCAGGCUCUUCGCAUCAAAAGGCUUCUCCCCUUACGAUCUUGCUGCCCUGAUUGGUGCUCACACUGCUGCUAAGCAACGCGUCACCGACCCUUCCAAAGCCGGCGCCGCUCUUGACUCCACUGUCGGCACCUGGGACAACAAAUACUACUCCGAGACCAAGAGUGGCAAGGCUCCGUUCACUCUUGAAUCUGACAAGAACAUUGCGCAGAACCCUCUCACCGCAAUCCCUUUCUCGACCUUUGCCGCCAGCAAGGGUUUGUGGGAUUCAGCGUUUGUAGGCGCAAUGGUCAAGAUGAGCAUGCUCGGCGUUGAAAACAAGAAUUUGAUCGACUGCACCAGUGCGCUACCUGGUGGUAGCAAGAGGCGGGAUGUCAAGAGCAGCAACAUCUUUGAUCGCUUCAAGUGGUAG